CCAUUUCUCUCCCUAGUUUAACCUUGGCGACACACCCACGGCACAGCACGCACCUGCUCGCGCUCCUCCGUCUCCGUCUCGCUCUCCCAGGCUGCGAGCUUCGGCCGCGUUGACGUGACGGGGUCCAUGGCCCGCGAGCUCUCCUCCCGGGCGGCGUUCCUGGCGCGCCGCCUCGGAGCCCAGCCACAGCCCAGCCGGGCCCUCGGCCUACGGCACAGCCACACCCGCCGGCGCGCAGCGGAGGUGCUUGAGGUGGAAGCCGCGGGGCCUUCAACGCCCGCAGACAGCGCCGCCGUUGCCCGUCGGCUGGAGGAGGCCAUCGACGGCGCCAUGGCGCGGAUGGCCGUGCCCGACUGGGCGCCGUUCCGGCCCGGGACCUCCUACUUCGCGCCGCCCCGGCCCGCCGGCGCGGACCUCGGGCUUCUCGCGCUGGUGAGCCACGGCGGCGGGGUGGGGUUCGCAGCGCCGCGGCGUGGGCUCUCCGCCGACGAGGCCCGCGCCGUCGCCGCCGCCUCCCGCGGGUACCCGUGCUCGACCUACUUCAUCGAUGGCCACUUUCCGGAUAAAGUGGAGAGCUCAAGUCUGGAUGCUAAUCAAGCUCAAGAGGAAUGAAGGGGCGGCUAGCUGUUGCACUGGAUGAAGUUGGGGAUCAAGAAAAGGUGUCCCUUUUCAUGUUUUUCUAUGACUUACUGCUAUUGUACAAUAGUUUGAAUCGACGAAUUCGUAAGCUAGUGUGGAAAAUAAAAGCUUACCGAAUUCAUGUGAUAUUUCACUCAAAAGAUCAUGCUAUAUUCUAAUUUUAUGUAAGCCUCAUCAAUAUAUAAAGAGGUUAUGAUAUGAUUUCACCGUC